GCCUUACGUAGUGGUCCCAACUGGUAGUAUAUCCCCUCUACUGGAUGAAGUACGAGGCCGAACAAACGAAGUGGAGCCAAGUGGAAACCAGUGGAAACCUUCGAGUGCCUUCGACUCAUCCAGAGCGAUUCCACUCUCUCACCUGUGCAGUAGUAACGGAUAAUCCAACAUAGUAAUUCCAAAACUCAUUUCAUUCCUGAAAUUUUAUUUAAAAUUUCCCGACAGUAAAUUCAUUUUUACUUUACGAGGAAACAUUGAUUUGAGUUUCAUGUGAAAGAAUUUAAUACGAUAUGACGAUUCCGAGGAAUAACGAUGGAAAUGUGACGUGAAAGUCAAGUUUUUGGUGUUGAAUAUUAUCUAACUGGAUUGUUGAAGGUCAGAAAGUAUUAGAUAAUACAUAGUUUAAAGUGCUGCAAGGACAAAAAAGAUUAUAAAAAAAAAUAUAUAUAUUUUAAUAAGAAUGAUGAGAUUAAGGAUGUCAGUGUUACAAGUAAGACAAUUUAGUUGCAUUUUACUCAACAUGUGGUUGCUGUUUGUUGUCUUAGGACUUGCUCAGGUCAGUGGGCAACUACUGGAUACGGAGUUUCAACCAACAGUGACAGCAACAUGUAAAGCAGGCUAUAUGACAAUCAGAUUGAACCUAAAUGACAGCUUCGUUGGAGCUAUGCAUGCAAGAGAUUACAGAACACCACAAUGUAUGGUGGCUGGGAAUGGAUCCAAGCAGGCCACUCUUGGAAUUAAUCUUUUAGCUCCACAUGGUGCUCCAGACUACUGUGGUGUCCUUGUUAAUAAUAGUACAGAGGAAAGAUCACUUCCUAUCGCUGUUAGAAUACAUAAGACCCUAGAACUUGCAGAUGAUAAGUUUUAUGUGAUCACAUGCGGCAAGGCAGGAUUUAAAAAUGCCAAAAACGAAACAUCUUUAGUGUCGCUGCGUCUUCUUGACGGUGGUCGUCGCGUGCAGGAGGCAAUCUACGGUCACAACUAUACACUCCGGGCGGAAAUAUCGCGGCCCGAUGGAAUGUACGGGAUCAAGGUGAAGUCAUGCUUUGCAUUCAACAAGCGAAACAGCAGUGUUCAACUGAUCGAUGAUCGAGGAUGCCCAGUAAAAACAAGAGUUAUUACUAAAUUUAUUUAUGAUCUUAACACCGGAACUGCUGAUGCAACUUUGUUCUCAAUGUUUCGCUUUCCGGAGAGUCCUCAAGUACAUUUUCAAUGUGAUAUUGCAGUUUGUAGAGGAAGUUGUGGAGUACCAGUUUGUGAAGGUGAUGAAGACUUGGGUCUUAAAACUGGUUCCGGCUCGGGAGGACAAAGCGUGACUGGUGAAGAAGGAGUUUUGCUAGCUGGAAAUAGCGUUUUUGUUCUAAAUCCUGGAGAAACACCUGUUGUUCAAACGUUGUAUGAUGAUGGCGCGGUGCAUCCUCAGUGGCUGUUGUGGUUAGCAGUUGCAUUUGGAAUUCUCUUCCUCAUCAUGCUGAUCAUCAACAUAUUCUUAUGUUCAGCAAUGACAUGUAGUUGUGCACGGACAGAAAUAAUUGAAAAAGAGCCAUCGAUUAUUGAAGAUUAUGAUCCCUAUAGAAGCUGGCCAGGAUCACAGUAUGGCUCGAGAUACUCAUUGAACGGUAAACCAGGCUAUCCAUCUGGAGGAUCGACUAUGAACUCAACAAGAUCGAUAUCAACAAAUAGCGACCAUUAUGCAAUCGUUCAGUCACGCCCUGGAAGCAGAUACUCUGGACCCGGACAUAAGCAUCAUCAUCAUCAUCAUCACAGAGGACCGCCAUCAAAUAUUGGCUCUCAUUACUCUGCCAAGUAAUAUGCUUGAGGCUUUCUAGAGUGAUUUAUAAUAUACAAGUAACUGAAGUAAGAAGAAAUGUUGAAGACAAUGUUAACAGUUAUUGCAUUGAUAAAAAACUAAUAACUAGCAGUUAAUGAUAAUAUUAUUAAUAAUUUCAUAAGUAAUAAAUUAGUAUACGUAAUUUUAAGUUAUUUCUAGUUAAGAUUGUUUAAUACAUUUGUACAUAAAUUAACAGAUAACUUUUGAUAAAUUAAUUUUUUCAUUACAUAUCUCAUAAGAAAGAACAUGAGUUAAAUAAAUUGAUUGGAUUAUAGACGACUUAAAAAAUCAUUUU